CUUUCCUCUCAUCCCUCUCGUAAACCCUGCAAUUUAUUCUCUGCGUUUUCUCUCUCUAGACUAGAAAUAGCUCACCGAUUAAAGCUUCUCUUUCUCGAUCUUUGCCGCCUGAAUAUCUAAAGAGAUGGCCGGCCGUGGAAAGACUCUUGGUUCCGGAGCUGCGAAGAAGGCUCAGUCACGUAGCAGCAAAGCCGGGCUCCAGUUCCCCGUCGGUCGUAUUGCCCGUUUUCUCAAGGCCGGCAAGUACGCCGAGCGUGUUGGAGCCGGUGCUCCCGUCUAUCUCGCCGCCGUGCUCGAAUAUCUUGCCGCCGAGGUCCUGGAAUUGGCCGGAAACGCAGCUCGGGACAACAAGAAGACGAGGAUUGUGCCGAGGCAUAUCCAAUUGGCAGUGAGGAACGACGAGGAGCUGAGCAAACUGCUGGGGGAUGUGACGAUAGCCAAUGGCGGCGUGAUGCCCAACAUCCACAACCUUCUGCUCCCAAAGAAGGCCGGCGGGUCAUCAAAGCCCGGCGCCGAUGAGGAUUAGACGGAGAGAGGAGGGGAUUUGGUUGUUGUUUUGUGUUAGGUUAGAAUCUGAUUACGUAGAUCCUUUGUUGUUGCUAUAAUUUUUAGCAGGUUUUUUGUUUUGUUUUUGUUUAUACAAGUGAAUGAAUGGAAGAAUGAAAAAUGGAAA